GCGAAAGUGACGGACGACAGCCGCUGGUUUUGUCAAACCAAAUUUUGUUGAAAAUAAAUUGGGAAUUUUACACAGACCCUUGCUAAAUUGACUUAAGUUUAUAGAAUAUCAUGGCUUACCAUUACGUUGUUACUGCUCAAAAACCUACAGCUGUUACAGCAUGUGUUACAGGUAAAAAAAUACCAAAUGAACACCAUUUAAACAUUGAGGUUAAACUAUCAGCAUAGUUUAUCGAGAGUUAUUUUCGUAAUAAAUUGACGCUCUAGUUUUCCUGAGUGUUUUCUUUCGGUUCACAGUCAAGAAAAUUCGAAAAUAACUCGAAGUUCCAUGGUACAACCUGAUAUUACUACAUAAAAAGCAAUUUGUUGUUAGCAUGCUAAAAUUUCAUACCAAACCUUUGGAUAAUCCAUUGUUUUCAGCAAUUUUACUUCACCAACUGACUUAAACCUCCUAGUGGCAAAAGUUACCCGUUUGGAGAUGUACUUAGUGACCCCCGAAGGCCUUCGCCCUCUUAAAGAGGUUGGAUUGUAUGGCAGAGUGGCUAAAAUGAAGAUGUUUAGACCACCGGAUGAAAAUAAAGAUUUAGUCUUUAUUUUAACGGCACGCUACAAUGCCAUGAUUUUGGAGUGGAAGACUGGUCCUAAUGGCCAAUUGGAAGUGAUCACCAGGGCCCAUGGUGAUGUUUCGAGCAGAGUUGGUAAACCAUCUGAGAAUGGUAUGUUGGCUGUCAUAGAUCCACAAGCCAGAGUAAUUGGAUUAAGACUUUAUGAUGGACUAUUUAAAAUAAUUCCUCUGGACAAGGAUUCAACAGAGCUGAAAGCGGCUUCAUUGAGACUUGAAGAAUUAAAUGUUUAUGAUGUUGAAUUUAUGCAUGGUUGCGCAAAUCCUACACUUAUUUUAAUACAUCAAGAUCUCAAUGGGCGACAUAUAAAGACUCAUGAAAUUAGUUUGAGGGAUAAAGAAUUUUGUAAGAUCCCAUGGAAACAAGAUAAUGUGGAAACAGAGGCAUCAAUACUUAUACCAGUGCCUAGUCCCCUUGGUGGAGCUAUUGUAAUUGGACAAGAAAGUAUUGUAUACCAUGAUGGACAAAACUAUGUAGCUGUUGCUCCACCACAAAUCAAGUUGACACCAAUAAAUUGCUACUGUCGGGUGGAUACUCGUGGGUUACGAUAUUUAUUGGGUGAUAUAGCAGGACGUCUGUUCAUGCUUCUUUUGGAAUUGCAUGAGAAGAUGGAUGGCACACAGACUGUCAAAGACCUGAAAGUGGAAUUGCUUGGUGACAUACCCAUCCCUGAGUGCAUGACCUACCUCGACAACGGAGUGGUAUUCAUCGGGUCUCGUUUAGGAGACUCUGCUCUAGUUCGUUUGUCUGCAACACGGGAUGAAGCUAACCAGUACGUGCAGCCGAUGGAGAGCUUCACGAGCCUCGCGCCCAUAGUCGAUAUGUGCGUCGUGGAUUUAGAGAGACAAGGCCAGAAUCAACUCAUCACCUGUUCUGGCGCAUUCAAAAUGGGUUCCCUCCGCAUCAUCCGCAACGGGAUAGGCAUCCAAGAACAGGCGUCCAUUGACCUGCCCGGCAUCAAGGGCAUGUGGGCGCUCACUCUCGCCGAGAACUCUUCGCACCACGACACACUCGUAUUAGCUUUUGUAGGACAGACGAGGGUUUUGGCACUCAACGGUGAAGAGGUAGAAGAAACUGAAAUCAAAGGGUUUGUGUCAGACAGGCAGACAUUCUUCACAGGCAAUGUUUGUCAUGAUCAGCUAAUACAGGUGACUGACGAAGGCAUCCGCCUCAUAGCUCGGGGCCCCACCGGUUGGGAAUUAGCGGAACAAUGGAGUGCGGGAGGAUCACGCGGCGUUUCUGUAGUAGCUUGCGGAGAAACGCGCGUAGUUUGUGCGGCCGGACCGCGGAUCUAUCUGGUCGCUAUACAUCAGGGCAAGCUGGAACCGCUCGCUGAGGUUUGCAUGGAAGAAGAAGUGGCGUGUUUGGAUCUGGGCCCGGGGGGUGAGAAUGCACUGCUGGGCGUGGGCCUUUGGACUGACAUCUCUGUUCGCGUGCUGCGACUACCGGACCUCAGGCCGUUACAUACAGAGAAACUGUCCGGAGAGAUAAUUCCUCGUUCUCUACUAAUAUGCGUACUGGAAGGUGUUUGCUACUUACUAUGCGCUCUCGGCGACGGCUCCAUGUUCUACUUUACUGUGGACCAGGAGACUGGUGUGCUUAGCAAUAAGAAGAAAUUCACGCUCGGUACACAGCCCACAGUUCUCAGAACAUUCAGAUCAUUAUCAACGACAAAUAUAUUCGCGUGCUCCGACCGUCCCACGGUGAUAUUCUCGUCCAAUCACAAAUUAGUAUUUUCCAACGUCAAUCUCAAGGAAGUGACUCACAUGUGCUCUCUCAAUGCUGUUGCGUAUCCAGACAGUUUAGCGUUAGCAACAGACAGUACAGUGACCAUUGGCACUAUAGAUGAAAUCCAGAAAUUACACAUUAGAACAGUACCCCUAGGCGAGACUCCGCGACGAAUCGCUUACCAGGAGGCUACACAAACUUUCGGCGUGAUCACAAUGCGGGUGGACAAACUGGAAUGGACGGCCAGCACCGGCCCUUCCACAGUAGCGGUGCGAGCUUCCGCGUCCAGCGCCGCCGCCAGCACUAGCGGCGCGCCUCCACAGCAACCCAAGCACGCGCCCAACGCUCUGGACCUGGAACUGCACAACCUGCUGCUUCUAGACCACCAUACCUUCGAGGUUUUACACGCACACCAACUAAUGGCGAACGAAUUCGCAAUGUCUCUGAUCUCAUGUAAACUCAGCGAGGACCCGAACCACUACUACGCUGUCGGCACCGCCAUCGUCAACCCGGAGGAAUCGGAACCCAAACAAGGCAGAAUAUUAUUAUUCCAUUGGACUGAAGGCAAACUGAUACAGAUAGCAGAGAAAGAAAUCAAAGGAGCGUGUUAUUCACUCGUAGAAUUCAAUGGAAAGUUAUUAGCAUCUAUCAACAGUACGGUACGAUUAUUCGAAUGGACGUCAGAUAAGGAACUGCGGUUAGAAUGUAGCCACUUCAACAAUAUUGUAGCUUUAUAUUUGAAGGUGAAGGGUGAUUUCAUUCUAGUCGGAGAUAUUAUGAGAUCAAUGUCUCUAUUGCAAUAUAAACAGAUGGAGGGUAGUUUCGAAGAAAUAGCCCGUGAUCACAGUCCAAAUUGGAUGACGUCAGUUGAAAUCUUAGAUGAUGACACAUUCCUUGGUGCCGAGAACAACUUUAACCUUUUUAUUUGCCAAAAAGAUGGCGCCGCAACAACAGACGAGGACAGACAGCAACUAGACAACAUGGGCCGUUUCCACGUCGGCGACAUGGUGAAUGUCAUGAGACACGGGUCCCUGGUGUCGCAGCACGCAGACACCGCCGCGCCCGUCUCCAGCCCCGUGCUGGUGGCCACCGUCACCGGCGCCAUAUGCUUAGUAGUCCAAUUACCGCAAGACCUCUAUGAGCUGCUGCACGUUCUAGAAGAAAGACUAACCCACACCAUAAAGUCGGUGGGCAAGAUUCCCCACUCCUUCUGGAGGUCAUUGAACUCUGACAUCACUUCUGAAGUAGCCGAGGGAUUCAUUGAUGGUGACCUUAUUGAAAGCUUUCUUGACCUCAAUAGGGAUAUACAAAAAGAAACUGUCCAAGGAAUACAGAUCGACGAAGGCAGUGGGAUGAAACGUGACGCAACCGUAGAUGACCUUAUAAAAAUAGUAGAAGAUCUAACCCGGAUACAUUGAUAAGCAGGAACAAGUGCUAGUGAUAUAAUAAGCAUAAUGGAGAAUUCUUAUUAAACAGUUUAUGUACUUCAUUUUUUUAUUUUAUUCAAUGGUACCUCUUUAAUAAAACUAGUUUUUUACGGGUUAAUGCACGAAACUUCAUU